CCACCGCCUGUACCUGUUAGAUUUUUUUUUCCUUGAGAGAGAGCGAACAGUCAUCAUCAUGCACAUAUAUAAACCACCCCAAUGCCCUCCCCACGCCCUGUGAUAACUGAACCCGGGUUCUACUUCACUUCCCUAAACCUAUAUUCGCCGGAGACGUACUGGGAUUCAUCGGGAAAUUCUCCGCCGGCCGGUCAAGAACGACGACAAGCUCAAGUGAGUUGAAAGAAAGGCCAACUUUUUUCUGCACCAGAUUCAAAGGAACAACAUUUUUUCUUUCUGCCUUAAGCCUUUUCUGUUCCUAUUCCAUUGCUCUCUCUCUCUCUCUCUCUCUCCCUCCAAUUGGUUCCGGAAGAAAUGGGGGUUCAGGUCGCUGCGGCCUGUUUACACCGGUCACAAUCCACUGUUUCUCACCCACCUUCCUCCCCUCAAACCCUAGUUUCCACCGUCUCAACCCCUUCCCUUAAACGACGCAGUUACAGCGGAGCCCUCGUGUUUCGGUACAUGACAACACUAGACCGGCCUGUUGCAUUCGGCUCAAAUCUCCGCAGAUCCAAAUCAGGCAACCACUCAAAACCGAGAACCAAAACCAUCACACGAGCUUACAGUGAGAGCCUUGACGCUUUCUCCGACGAGGAAUUCUCAAAACAGAUUCAAGAAUUGGCGAUGAAGCUCCAGUUAUCCGACGAUGACUCCUCCUCAUCAUCGGAUUCCACCAACUCCAACGCAACAGAAUCAGAAAGUUCUUCCCAUUCUGUUAACGUAACCGAGUCGAACAGUAAAAUUGGCUUUUUACCGUUCGAGCCGUUGCAGCCUCCCAAGUGGUCCGGGAGGGAGGAGAUAAUCCCGGCGAGCAUCGAGUGGAAGGCGAACAGCGUCGACAUUCCGCUCUCGCUCCGGAUUAUAAAGCGCAAGAAGAAGCAAUCGGAAGAAGGGUUUACGGACGCAGGGGACUCUGCUUGUUCCUCAGUCAAAAAAGCCUUCUCGUCCAUGGUUUUCAUAAUCCGGGAGCUCCACAGCUUCACUCUCCAGAUGAGGGAGAUGCUAUUGUACGAGGAUUUGCAGGGGAUUCUCGCGCGCGUGCAGACCGAAAUGAACGCGUCCUUCGUGUGGCUCUUUCAGCAAGUCUUUUCUCAUACUCCGACGCUCAUGAUCUCCGUCAUGAUGUUACUAGCGAACUACACCGUUUACUCCAUGUCGAACGCCACCGCCAUUGCCGCACCGCCGCCAUCUCCCGCCGCCUUGACGGAGUCCGUUUCGGCAUACGAGGACCAAACUCACAACAAUCACAAAAAAUUCGAUUCUUCGGCAAUCAAGACUUUUUCGGUGAACGGGAAGACGGUCUCGAUCGGGGGGAGCGACGGCGGCGGAGGGGGGCUCCCGAGGAUCGCUAGCGGAACGGACGGCGACGGGCGGUUCGAUGAAACGACGUCGUUGGACUACGGAGCGGCGUCGGCGACGGGGAACACUGUGUCGACGGGGGACGAGGAGUCGGCGUCGGCGAGGGAGGAGGAGUUGAGAGCGUGGAAUGCGAUGGUGGAGGAGGCGGCGAUGAUGCAAGGGGAAGCGAGGGACGAGUCGCUGAACCAGGAGACGGUGCAGAGGUUUGUUUCGCCGGUGACGGUGAAGAUUGAGGGGGACGGUGAUUACCCGGAUUAUUUUAGAACGGAGCUGGUUUACCAGACGAGGUUGGCUGAGGAUCCGGACAACUGUGUUUUGCUCGCCAAUUAUGCUCAGUUCCUUUAUGUCGUGGUUCAUGACUACGAUAGAGCCGAGGAGUACUUCAGGCGAGCAGUCAAGGCGGAGCCGCCCGAUGCGGAGGCGCUGAGCAAGUACGCCGGCUUCCUGUGGCAAGCGAAGAAGGAUCUGUGGGCCGCCGAGGAGACGUACUUGGAGGCCAUAUCGGCUGAGCCUACCAACUCCUACUACGCCGCUAACUACGCUCACUUCUUGUGGAACACCGGCGGGGAGGACACGUGUUUCCCCAUCGACAACACCGACGAGGCUUGAUACCUUAAAUAAAUAAAAAAAUUUAAAAAAAGAGCAAAAUAUUCCCAUGAUCUUACCCUCAUCAAUGUACCAUUUAUCAUUAAAAAAAGAGCAUAAAAAAGAGAAGUUUUCAUUUACUUUUUUUAAAGAUGUUUCAGUGAUGUUGGGGGAGGUGAGGAGAAAAAGAGGUGAUGGACUUGAAUUGGGUUGUUCGGAAACAAGAGGCUUAUGUGGCCUUAGGGCGGCUCUGGAAAUGAUCGACAAUGGCGCGAGUCUCUUUUGUUUCUUGGUGAGAAAAGAGGCCGGGUUUUUUUUAUUCUCUUACUAAUUUUGCGAUUUGCACAGCUUAUUUUUGUUCACCGUUGAGACACACAUUCACCUAGCAGAGAGUGUAAUUAUAUGUUUGUUGCUGGUAUAGAAUAUCAUUUUUGAGGUUUGAA